CGCCAAGUGCGCCUGAUGGCAGCAUAUCUUUCAAGCUGCGUAUGGCUUUAAAUAAAGGCUUCCGACACGACAGGCUCUUCCCAAGGUCAGCAUAGAAAGCCUUGAGAAACUGUUAACCAUCAUGGCGAUAGCGAAUGUAUCCCAUAUCCCUAUGAUAAGCCCUGGAGGCAUCAAGUCAGAGGAAUGGAUCCAAUCGCUGCCCAUUAUUGUUUUUUUUGUCUUUCUUUUUAUAUUUUAUGGUCUUCUUAUCAUAUACGAACUUAACUCUAGGGACAACCAGAUCCCGAUCCAAGGGGAUUCCGAGAGCGAUCUGCCAGCAAGGAGUAUAAGUUCCGAGAUUAGCGAUUUGCAGCGGUUGGAUUCGACUGCUCCACCGCAGGCAUACAAGCAAGUGAUGACAGGAAUGGAAAUUACAGGCUCAGAGGAACAUUCUACGUGUCCCCACGAGGUUAUCAUCUGCGCUAUAUGCUUGGAAGCGAUAGCGGAUAGUGAUAUCGUCCGUCGGUUAUUGUGCGGGCAUAUAUUUCAUUCGGGUUGCAUUACUCUAUGGUACCUGAGGCGGCAUUAUGCCUGCCCUUUGUGCGUAUCACGCUACAUGACAUUGGAGCGUGAGCAUGUCAGAACAAACAGAUGAAAUUCGCAAUCCGAGCAAGAGAGGUAUUAUUGUGAGUGGAGUUCGGGGGAACAUGCUCUGAAUCUCAGACUAAAUAGGCUGAAUUAGAAGAUUUAGGCUCGCUUGAGGGUGGCUGACAACUUCAUGGACGCAGUGCUGGUCAGAUCAAUUAAUUCAGGGUUUUACAGAUGUUACGGACG